AUGUGUUUAGGAAUCCUUAUCAGCGAUGUCGAUAAAAUUUCACUCGAAGCAGUUUGUCUUGUGCUCUGUUCACAUGUUUGGUUGCAAAUUCCUUACAACUUUCAAAUAGAUAAGUGCCAAAGUUCAUUUGUAACUUGUGGGCGAAGUGAAGUGAACAAGAAGGAAAUUCUUUUUUUAGAUAUUCAAAUAAAAUUUCCACAAACUAAACCCCAAAUUUUUACGACCCUGUGCAGACAUAUUAAAGCGAUUGUAAAUUUUUGCAAACUAGAAAAUCAAGAGGAAUGGAAAACUUUGCCAACGAGACGUCGUCGACCCAACAUUAAAACUUCAACCAGAUUCUUAGUUAGAAAUGAUUUACGUCUCAUUCUCAUGUUACUUCACUUCGCUAGUUUUCGUUUCUAUAAUAGUAAAGAAAAGGAAAUUUGUGGAGAUUCUGUUAAUUAA